AUGAUUGACAUUUCUCUUUUGGACGGAGUUCGGGACGAAAAUGCCUUUCUUUUUUCUCCUCGAGCGUGUUUUGCAAUCAUUGUGUCGGAUAACAUAAGUCCUGUUGUUUCAUCCAUUGAGCAUUUCACGGAGACCAUCAAUCUGUACAGCCCACUUCGAGUCAGACUUGAAUAUGUUUCUGGAGAACGGAUUGUCGUGCAAAUGAAAUAUUCCUCGGCAGUGGAACAGCUGUAUUUCAGCCAUCUCAUGUGGAACUUUUCACUGCUAGCCAAGAAUGCCUGGAUCCAUCUCUGGGAUACACACGAACAUGAUGCUUUGCGACGGGAUUUCUCUGUUCCAGAGUAUAUGGAUAGUCUGCUCUGUCUCAAUCGGCUUUGGAUUCGAAACAAGUCGAUUUACAUGAUCACCAGAGGAUUUUCGCCAUCCAAUCCGCACGGUGAGUUGAUUGAAGAGCUACCACUUACGGAAGCGUUUGAAUGUCUUUGUAAUGAAGAGUAUUCAAUGCCAGAGGAGUUGAACAAGACCGCAAAAAUAGAACUUGAGAAGCCCCAGGCACAGAUUGUGGAUGUAAACGGGGUCUUUAUUCCAAGAAAACUUCUAGCUUCGCUUUCUCGACACCCAUGGCUCAUAUCACCAUUGAUCGAUUGCGAUCCCACAAGUUUGGUGACGGAAAAACUCUCGCAUACUGUCAACAUGGACGACGAAGUAUGUGUGAAAGUGGCAAUUCCCCAAUACCUUCUAGAUCUGAAAAUAAAUUGUCUGUUGACUAUAGCGCAGAGUGUCUCUCUCGGUAUUAAAGUAAACUGCGAAGCUCAUAUAGACAAGCUUAUUCUCGACGAGACAAGCUUUGCACAAGAUGGAAUGGAAUCUGAAUUUCUGCUGGAUUGGCUACAGAAGCAAUUGAUGGAAGCUGGGGUACCCUGUAAGUUUGAGAAACUCACUGAGGUCCAUGAAUUGGGCGACCGGUACCAAACAGAUUGGACUAGACCAUUCUCUAUUUUAUCCGCCGAAGAGGAAAUGGAGUGGAAGAAAAAAGAAAGUAUGAAAAUGAAAAUGGAAGAGAAAAUGCUGGAGUGGAAUUUUGAUGACGACAUAUCCGAUGAUAUCCAUCUGUCCUUACCUAUGGGAGAAGACAAGAAUACCAUGGAAAAACUACAAGGACUCUUGAAAGAAUUUAAGAGCGCUAUUGGAGAAGACGAAAAGUCACCAGGAGCAAUUACCACCGCCGAUAUGGGCAUGUACGAGUCGCUAAAUGACGAAGACAUUGAAAAGUUGACAGAACUUGAAGGAUUCGAUGAUUUUGUCGAGUUUUUUGCCCAGCACUAUAUGGGAUUCAACAACGAAGAUCUUGAGGCGCACCGCAAUAAGAGAAAAAGAACGGACCAGGAACAAAGCGAGCUGGAGCUGGAGCUGGAGUCCGAGUUCGACUGGGAUCAAUUCAAUGAUGAGAGUGACUACGACUCAAACGACGAAUGA